CUCUCUCUCUCUCUCUCUCUCUCUUUUUUUCUUUUCUUGUACUCUUUAUUCCAUCACACACGCAAAUGAAAAUACAAUGUUUUUUUUUUAAUACGGUAGUAGAAUAAUCGACGAGGAGAAAUUUAAAACGUGAGAAAUUCAAAUCGUGGCAAUCGAUCAAACAAGUGGCAAACAUCUGUUUCUAUGACCACGUUUAUUCUGAACGUUUAUGCAGAACGUUGGUGCGUUGUCAUAUCGACACACUUGGAAUAAAUUCCUCUUUACGUCUUUCUCUCUCUUUUUUCCCUUCUCUCUCUUCCUCUCUCUCUCUCUCUCUCCCCCCGUAAUUCACUCCCACCCUUCCUUCCCUCUCCCCUUUCUCUCUAUCUCUUUUUCCAUUUAAUCUGUGCACGUUGACUCCUUUUCAUUUCUUUGAAUAUUUUGAUUGAAGAAUAAAUCAGAGUCAUGAGUAAUUCAGAAAGGAUUGGAAUUGAAGAUCGUGAAAGUUCGAGGAUUGUCGAGGACGAAUUAAAAAAUGUAGAGAAAGAUGAAACGAUGUUGGUAUUAAAGGACGACAAGAUCAUUGGAGACGAAGAAAAUCGUAUUGAUACGAACGAAUCGAAGAACUAUCUGAUACCUAAUUUGAUCGAAAGUGAAUCUAAGAAAAAAAUUAUGACGGACGAAAGCGAGAACGAUAGUGAUUCGGAAGAAUAUACAUUGGUUUUCUAUGACAGUGGAUCGGACGUUCAAACGGUCAUCAAUCAAGAAGGAAUCAUCGAGGACACGUCAAAUUCUCUGACAGCACGUGAAAAUGUUGAUGAUCAAAGAAAAAUGAUUUUGGACGGUUCGAGGAUCUUUGAGAUAAAUCAUUCCACGAAUGAUCCUAUUUUAAUCGGUGACAUUUCAAACGACGUACUUUUACAAGAAAAUGACUCGAACGUAUUUAAUCGUCGAGAAAGUUUUGAGAAUCGUUCGAACGAUCAUUUGAAAGAUGACAGUUGUGCCAGUAUAGAUUUCGGGGAAUUGGAAAAAUCUUUGGACGUUUUAGAGGUCAACGAAGAAAAAACGUCGAUAGAUUUUUCGUUUGAUUCGGAAUUGGAUAAAAUAAUUAUGGAGGAAGAGGAACAGGAAGAGGAAGAGGAAGAGGAAGAGAAACAGGAAGAGGAACAGGAAGAGAAAGGAGACAAUUUGAAAGGACAAAACGAUCUCGUAGAAGUUGGAAAACGAUUGGACAAACUGGCCUCGAUACUUUUUGAAAAUUCUAACGAAUUACGUUUCGAAGAUAUGCUGUACUACCUCAACACGAAAGACGUUAUAAACAUAAUGAAUAUGGAAGGGAAAGGUUCUUCCGGUAGCGAUAAGUUCACGGAAAAGAUCGAAAAAGAUUUCUUUUCAGAUUUAUCGAUCGAACGUGUCGACGAGGAAAAUACAAAGAACGAACAGGAAGAAUUAUUGGAGUAUUUCGAUGCUUUGGACAUAAACGAAUCUAAUAUUGAAGAAAGGGAAGAAAAAUUCGUUGAAUUAACAAAUGAUAAUAUUGUAGUAGACAUGAAAGAAAUUCAUGCUAAAAAAUUGGCUAAAUUAUUAGAUUCUACACGUUACAAAUCCGAGGUGGAGGUUAAUGAAAUUUUGAAAAAAAUCAAUGAACAAAAAAUGAAGAUAGAGAAUUUGAAAAACGAGUCAUUGAAAGAUUUAGCCAUUGAAUUUAAUCGUUUCGAAGAAUUGUUGACUGAACAAAAGGCAAUUGCCGAAAUUGAAGAUAACGAAUUGAUCGACGUAAAUACGAAAUUGGACGUAGACGAAUUAGAAGAGAAUAUCGUUGAAAAUCAAAGAUCGGUAUCGCCGUUCAUCGAGAUGCCUUUGACGAAAAACGAAGUUACGGAAAAUUAUAGGAUAAAAGUAAUGGAGAAAGAUUUUAAAGAUAGGAUGAUAGACCUGAAAAAAAGGCUGCCCGAAAGUUCGGAAAUUUUAAAUGAAGGGGAUACUGUAUCUCAUAAUGUGAAUCUUGUACCUGUAAAGGUAGAUGAAAAGAUUGUUUUGGAUAAAACAAUUCCAAUCGAAAUAGAGAAAAUAAUUGUGAAUGAAAGUGACGAAAAAUCAUUGAUCGAAUUUAUUAAUGAAAAUUUGAUUGAUAACAUUAUCAAUUGUAAAUUAGAUUCUAUGAUUAAUGAGAAAGCUUCGAUAGAUGUAUCGAGUGAUACAUCGAAAUCAAACGUCGAUUAUCCCGAUAACGAUAUCACGUUAAUGAUUAAAAAGGAAGAUACUAGCACCGAUUAUGACGAAAAUCAUGAAACUGAUAUAGUUAAGGUAACGACCGUAAAUCAUGAAUAUAAAGAAGAAUCGAUAGAUUUUAUCAAGAAACAUUGUAAAGAACAUAAGCUUUAUCAGACUCCUUGGUUGAACGACGUCUUAUAUCUACAUUACAAAGGCUUCUCGUUUAUCGAAAAUCUGGAAAAGUACACGGGUUUGAAGACACUUUGGUUGGAGAACAACGGGAUUCGUGAAAUUGCAAAUUUAGAGAAUCAAAGUGAACUUAGAUGUCUGUAUCUUCAUCACAAUAUAAUCAGUAAAAUUGAAAAUUUGGAAUACCUGACGAAGUUGGACACAUUGAACUUGUCCUAUAAUAUGAUAACAAAAAUUGAAAAUCUUGACAGUCUGAAGUUCUUAAAUACGUUGAAUUUGUCUUAUAAUUAUUUACAAAGUAGUACUGACAUCGAGCAUCUCCGAUUAUUGGAAUAUUUAUCAAUUUUGGAUAUAUCUCAUAAUCGAAUAGAUACAUUCGAUAUCGUCGACGUAUAA